AUGGAAAACAAGGCUCGCCGCCAGCGGUCGACAACCACAGCCUCCAACGGCUCUCCAAUAGAUGAAGCCGCCCAUUCGGAGCUUCGCGAGUGCCUAGCCAAGCUCACAUCCGCACAUAUACACAUUACCACCGACAAGCGCCCGACUAAGGAUGGGCUACGGUCACUUUGUGACAGUCUUCACGGGAUACGGCAAUGUCUAGUCGACUCUGAGAACCGCUCGCACGCCAGAAAUGCCUUCCGACGCCUCCACGGUUUCCAGGCUUUACUAGGUGUACUUAAGUCCCUCUCGGGCUACUACAGCCCCACGACUCUGACCAAGGACGAGGAGGAAGAGUUCUUCGAGCUACUGAAGGCUACACUUGAUGUACUUUCAGAAGCGCUGCACAAUCAACCUGGAAAUCGGAGAUACUUUGCGCGAAGAGUGGAGGGCAAUGGCUGGCUGGCUCUGGAAAAGAGUUUGGCGAAUACCGGUGUCAAUGGCACCAGCCACUCCGGAGAAGAUGACUAUGAAACCAGCCGAGAGCAGUUUUUCAGCUGCCUACUUGCUCUUGCGCUCGGUGAGGAGGCUAUAUCACGGAUAUUCCGCAGCUUCAGUAGAAUACGGCAGAGUGUCGAGAGCUCGAAUCUAGACAGCAAACGUGAGAAUGUACCUCCAAGAAACGAGGUUACCAAGAGUAACAGCAGCUUGUCAGAGAAGAAUGAUGCCAUUGCUGAUCCACUAGCCGCGAUUCGUUCCCGGCUGCGAAUGUUCCUUUCAGGCACUGAGGUCGUGCAGAAUCCUGAGACUAUUCCGAUGAUCUUCAACUUCUGGCAGACGCUGGCUGUAAGCUCCGAGUCAGUGUCAGCAACACCGAGUUGGCUGCGCCUAGCUAUACUCGUUGCGAUCGAGCAAGUGCUCUCCCAUUCGACCUACAAUCAGGUUAUGAUCCACAGAACAGGCAUUCUGAGUAGCAUACUACCGGUUGUUUUCGAUCAAGAGUUGCCUAGCAGUGAGAAAACCGUCCUUCAUGGGGUUGCGAACACACUCGCUGCGUACGGAGUCAACAACCUUGAAGACGGUUAUAAAUUAUUCAGAAAGGCCAGUACAUCGGCAGCCGCUGCCGAAUUCUUACUCAAAAACAUAGAGACAUCGCGACAACCACCGUUUGUACAAUUCGACCUGUCGCUACAUGGGCACAGUUCCAUUGAGCUUCGAGAUCUUGGACGGCCAUUCCCGCCGGGUUCUUCCAGUACAGGAUACACCAUGACUGCUUGGAUCCGUAUUGAUCAGUUCGAUCUGACUUGCCACACAACCAUCUUCGGAGCAUGUGAUGCCACUCAAAGCUGCUUCGUGCUGGCCUAUUUGGAGAAAGAUAGUCAUCACUUCAUCCUUCAGACGUCUAUAACAGCCCAACGGCCAAGCGUCCGCUUCAAGUCAACCGUCUUCCAAGCGGGCAUCUGGUACCAUAUCGCUGUAGUCCAUCGACGUGCGAGAGCCACCAACUCCAGUCGUGCAACUCUCUUCGUCAAUGGGGAGUUUACUGAGCAGCUGAAGUGCCAGUAUCCUGCUAGUCCACCCAUUCCAAACAGCAGCACUGAAAGUUUUGCUUCUCUCUCCUCCCCUAACUACAAGUAUCCCCCAGUUCAGGCCUUUCUUGGUACGCCUCAGGAUCUUGCACCCAGGAUCGGAAGCAACGUGGUUUCGUCGAAGCUGUCGCUCGCUUCUUUUCACUUGUUCCAAGACGCCUUGUCUGAUGAGGUGAUUGCUGUCCACCAGAAGCUGGGGCCACGGUACUACGGGAACUUCCAGGACUGUCUUGGGUCGUUUCAGACAUACCGUGACUCCGCUCAACUCAACAUCCUCAACGAAUCUCUGCAUCCCGGAAAGGAGGAGAAGUCGGAGAUUAUCUCUGCUAUUCAUUCCAAAGCUGGCUUCAUAGUUCCAGAAAACCGGAUACUUCUUAGCAUAUCUCCGAGCAUGGUCAUGGACGACGACGACCGUAAUAACAUCGACGAGUCGCAGCUGAUUAAAUCGCUAUCGAAAGAGGCCGCUAAGAACCUACAACAUCUCACAAAAGCUUCCCCGCUAGUUAUCAACGGUGCUGUACCCUCAAUCAACGAUGCACUAACACACAGUCGUGGUGUUGCUCUGCUUCUUGGUGAUCCUGUUGUUGCCAUGCCUCAAUCGCUCGAUGACGCAUCUUGGCGUAUAGCAGGGUGUGCGGCUGUUGGCUUGAAGCUGGUCAAGGUUGCUCAGGGCAAAGAUGCGAUCCUCCGAGCGGUGAAUCUGCUCUUCCAGUCUGUUGAGGGUAGCUGGAGGAACAGUGAAGCGAUGGAGAAAGAGACUGGCUACGCGGUUCUGGCUGGUCUGCUUAGUGAAAAGAUAGGACUCGGGUCCAUGUUCAGCAACAAGCAGAUUCCGAGACCAGGUCAGCCCCAGAUGGACGAUGCGGAGCGCGAUGUACUUGCCUACGAGCUGUUGAGAGACAUCCUACGCUUCGUCGGGUACUGCGAGGCAAGACCGGAAGAGUCCACCAUCAUCAAUCCGCUUGCGUACCGUGUUCUUCUUGUUGACUUUGACAUGUGGAGGAGAACCUCCACCGAUACUCAGGAGUUGUACUACAGCCAAUUCGUCAGCUUCGCUAAGGGCAGCAAGCACCAUCUGUUCAACUCAAGAAGACUGACAAGGAUGCGUGUUGUGAAGCGAUUCUUGGAUGCUCUGAAGGGCGAGUCGUUCGCACCGGAUGUCUUACCUCACUUCCUGGAAGCUUUUAAGGUUCUUGUUGAAUGUAACGUUUCAGGGGAUAUUCUCCGCUCACUUGCGCUAUUCGUCACGUACGCUCUACAUGAUAGUCGUGCUUUCGGUAGGCGGACAGUACGCCCGAAGAGCAGCACCCUUCGUAUAGGCAAUAGACCGACACCACCUCAACUCAGCCCUGUACUACUUUCACCACGGUCACAAAGCCCUAAUCAAAACAAUGGGAUCUCCCAGGACUCCCGAGAGGAGCUUGGCGUCAAAGUUCUCGGCAUGUAUACGGAUCUUCUUUGCGAAAGUAGUAACACCAAUAACCUGAGGAAGUUUGCCAAAGCAGUGACCAAUAAAUGGUUGCUAUAUCUGCUCGCUGAGAAUGAACCGCGUGUUGUUGUCCUGGGUACCAAGAUCCUCGCUCGUCUUCUUGUGGUCCUUGGCAGCAGCUAUGUUAAGAAGUUUGCCGAGAAAACCGGCGGAUUCAUCGUCAUGAAGCAACGCCUCAAGACAUGGUGGAGCAUUCCCGCAAUCUGGACAAUAUGCUUUGCAAUAAUGAUAGGCGUUGAUGUUGCGACCAUCGAGAUCGAGCGUGAUCUCGAUUUGCCGAAUCUGAUGGCCUCGUUGUUUGAAGAGGGAAAAACCAGCGUGGCAAACCCGGAGAUCGUUCCUACACUCAUGGCCAUGCUUGAAACUGGGCUAAGGGUCCGACUAACACCAGGUAGGCAUGCCUCGGCCUCUACAACCUUCACAUGCUCACAUAUAGCAGGAUUUCAACCGCUUCCAAAGGAGCAAAUCGUCGGGUAUGCCGGGAUAUUGCACAUUGUCCUUGAGGUGUUCGCUAAUCUGCACUUGCGAUCGCAAGAGUUUCGCGACUUUGCGGUCUCGUCUAGCUAUGUUCAGGAGCUUCUGUUUGUCCUGUUUCCUGUCAUCGUAGCUUCUGACCCUACCAAUGCAACAACAGAGCUCCACUCAAGAGGUCCGGUAUCCUCGUCCGAAGGGCAAGACAUUAAACAUCCAUCACAAUCGGAACCUGCCGAUGAUCGGCCCUCUUUAGUACGAACAAGAACAGUAGAACGCGAUUCAGACCAAGCAUCCCGGAAACCAGGGCCCCUACUCCGUGGCUCGUCUUUCAUCCUGAUUUCGUCGCAAGAAGCCAAUCAUGCACCUUCAACUGCACGAAUAAAGCAUGCCAUAUCGACGCAUGCAUCGGGUAGAAUCUCUUCGCAAACCGAGGACCCGCUGUCUGAAGCUGUCUUAGCAACCAUCACCGCUGUGUUCCUGGACCAGAUAUUUCACAGGAAGGAUUUCCCCGGAUUUGGCCUUUUCUUGAAGGUACCACCAGGCUCUCAGUCACAUCAAGCCCACUUCGAAACGUACGUCCUUCGUCACGCUAUGUCGGCAGUGACUAGCUACAUGCAGCUGCACCAAAAUCUGCUUUGUGAGCCGAGAAUCAUCCUCAAUCUCGCACGGUACACUGUACACAUGGCAGAAGCAGUCUUUGAAGGCUGGUUCAUUGACGGAGCGGAGCCUCUCCUCGACUUCAUUGGCACUUUACUAGACUUUCUGCAACGGCCUGAUAUCGCACGAACGAAGGGUGUGCGUCUUUGCACACAGGCUAUAUCGUCUAUUCGUACUGUAUUUCUUCGGGUCCUGCUUCUGCGCCUGUCGGAACUUGGCGAACUGGGCCAGGAGCAAGACACUGUUGCCUUCAUGGACAAACUAGUCUACUGGCAGACGAUUGUUCUCGCACCGGACAAUGCCGACGAGACGUUGCUGAGGCUGCUGUGUUAUCUUCUUUAUACACAGCUUGUUGUUCCCCAAGAGCGCAUUCGACUCGCUGCCGCCAGUUUUUGGCGGAUGAUCCUUGUCCAGAAACCGGAAGAAACGUCACAGAUCCUCAACCAGGCGAUGAAUAGCCAUUAUAAGAAGCUGUCGCUCGGCUUCAUGAAGCUGACAGAGCUUGAUAACGAGACAUUCCUUGGAUGGGUAGACGAGCAUCGCGAAGAUCUUGAUGCUCUCUUCUUUGGCACCCUAUCGAAGUCUUGGGAGGACUUUGUAGAGCAGGAGAACCGCAAGACCUCGGAGACAGCACGAGACAGAGUCGCAAGGAGAAGGGAACGAUUGAAGCAAUGGCAGGCAGACGAAGCCAACGUAGACAACGUAUGGCAUCGUCACGAGAUCUCAACGAACCAUUGGCGAGUGAACAUACACACCUCGGAACGCCUCAAGCAUCAGCGUGCGCUUCAAGACCAGCAGGACAACUUGAGCUUCAUUGCAUCGCGGUCCGAACGGCUUGACAAGAUCCUGCAAGCCCCUUGCGGUCUGUUUGGCAAGGAUGAACCAUCGAGGUGGCAACUAGACGAGACAGAAGGGCGCAACCGGAUGAGAAUGCGGAUAAUGCCUGAUGAUAGUUCGCACGAUGAAGCCGAUUAUCAGCCCAAGCGGAAGACUUCGGAGGUGCCGGCAAAGCCUCAGCCAAAGCUCGAUACCAAUAUCAAAAGGGUUUCGUCAAACAACGGUAUCAGUGCAACCCCCGUCGCUACACAAAAUGCCGAGGGUGCAACCGUGCUAGAGUCAGGCCGACAGCGUUCCAACAGCCAGUUGUCUGCCAAGUCAGCCGGAGAGGAGGACUUCGAAAUGGUUGAUGACCCACAGGUAGAUGAUGACGGCUUUGAAGACAAAUACCGAAAAGUCAUGAGAAGUUUAGAGCCGAACGAUCCAGUACAGCUCGUCUGUAAUAUGUCUCGGAUCGUAGGCCUCGAAGCUAUUGAAGGUCUGCUCAUAGUAGGCAAGGGCUCUUUGUAUCUACUCGAUAGUUUCUUCCAACGAUCCGACGGUGAGAUUGUCAGAGUAUGGCAAGCGCCUAACGAAGAGCGAGACCCAUAUCUCCGGAUGAUUUCAGGUCGAGAGAUGAACAACAAGAAGCCGCAAGUCGCCGACCAUGAACAGAGCAAUAGGCACUGGAAGUGGGCAGAGGUCAUCAGCAUAUCGAAACGCCGCUUUCUGUUCCGGGAUGUGGCUCUCGAGGUGUUCUUCACGGACGGCCGAAGCUAUCUGCUUACGGCACUCAAUCCGCAGACUCGCAACGACCUCUACGCCAAGCUCAUCAAUAGAGCGCCGCACGUCAAUAGCGUGGCACCUGCCUCGCACUCGGAGGACUCCUGGCGGUUGGAGAGUUUGCGGCACCCUGAGGAGGCACCUCAGUCGCUUAGCUCCAAGUGGGCCAACGUGUUCAGCUCAGCGUCCUCAAAUCCCGCGACACGAAAAUGGCUCAAGGGGGAGAUCUCAAACUUCCACUACCUCAUGCUGAUCAAUACGAUGGCUGGAAGAACGUUCAAUGACCUGACUCAGUAUCCUGUCUUCCCGUGGAUAAUCGCUGACUACACCAGCGACGAGCUGGACCUGAGCAAUGAGCGGACCUUCCGAGAUCUGUCAAAGCCAAUGGGCUGUCAAACUGCAUCGAGAGAGUCAGAUUUCCGGGAUCGCUACAAGUCUUUCGCGGAAAUGGGCGACCACAAUUCUCCGCCUUUCCACUACGGGACGCACUACUCCUCGGCGAUGAUUGUCACGUCCUACCUCAUUCGACUUCAGCCUUUUGUGCAAUCGUAUCUGCUGCUGCAGGGUGGAAACUUUGACCACGCGGAUAGACUUUUCUCCUCCAUCGAGAAAACAUGGCUUCUCGCUUCGCGAGAGAGCAUGACUGACGUUCGCGAGCUGACUCCAGAGUUCUUCUACCUUCCCGAGUUUCUGAAGAACAUCAACGGCUACAACUUCGGCAACAGACAGUCCGGCGGUAAGGUCGACGACGUGGAGCUACCGCCAUGGGCUAAAGGUGACCCGGAGAUCUUCAUCGCGAAGAACAGGGAGGCGCUCGAGAGCCCGUACGUCAGCAAGAAUCUGCACCAGUGGAUCGACCUCGUCUUUGGGUUCAAGCAGAGCGGUGAGGCUGCUAUCGAGGCAACGAACGUGUUCCAUCAUCUUUCCUACCAUGGUGCUAAGGAUCUUGACCAGAUCGAUGACCCGAUGGAGCGGCUGGCUACCAUUGGCAUCAUCCACAAUUUCGGGCAGACGCCUCACCAGGUCUUUCAACGAUCGCAUCCGCAGCGCAAGGAUGUUCCAAUCAGAUCCAAACGGCUUGACGAUGCGGCCGAGUCGUUGACCCAACUACCAUCGUUCACGGAGAGCCAGGACCGCGUCUCAUCCCUGCUGUACUCUCCCAAGCAUGACAAAGUGUUAGUCUCCGGAGCCUUCAGGCUCAAUAUCCCACCCAACUACGAACGGUACAUGGAAUGGGGCUUCGCAGACGGCAGCGUGAGGUUCUACGCCGCCGACUCCAAAAAGCUCCUUGGCCUCUUCGAGCACCUCCACCAAUCCCAAAUUUCCUGCGCCACCUUCGUCGACAGCAAAACUCUCAUCACAGCCGGCACCGACUGCGUCAUUUCCGUCUGGACCAUUUCCGCCGCCGGCAAGGCCGUCGAUCUGCAGCCCCGGAUCUGCCUCUUCGGGCAUCGCACCCCCGCUACUACGCUCGCGGCCUGUCGCUCUUUCAGCACGUUCCUCUCCGCUUCGACCGAUGGGAGGGUCUACCUGUGGGACCUGAACCGCUCGGAGUAUAUCCGGGAGCUCGAGAGGGGGGAUGGGAGCACGGCGGUGCAGUGCGCGCGGAUUAAUGGGGUUACAGGACAUGUGAUGUUGUGUGCUGGGCCGCGGGUUCUGCUGUAUACACUCAAUGGACGGCUGCUGCUCGACCAGAGGGUUUGUGAGACGGAGGAGCCGGACGAUGUGGUGAAUUCGUGUGCGUUUUAUGAGGGUGUGGGAAAUGAGUGGGUGGCGCGGGAGCUGAUGUUUACAGGGCAUAGGAGGGGCGUCGUGAAUAUCUGGAACAAGACCAUCGGGAGCUUCGGCGAGUGGAAGCUCGAGCUCGUCAAGAGACUUGACCACGUUGAUCCGGUGAGAGAAGGUGCGCAGAAUUUUGCCGCGCCAGCGACGUGUAUCUUGCCUCUGCCGAUGGUCCUGUAUACUGGUGAUGAAGAGGGAAGAGUGGUAAGUUGUUUGUGUUUAGUUGCAGAAUGA